AUGAGCGAGCGAGAGGCUAUAGAGAUGGUGGCGGCGGCCGACGGUCCUCUCGGACUUUGGAAGUAUAUCUAUAAUUUUGUAAUGGAAAAAAAAUUAACAGAAAACUUCAAUCUGUCCGAGCGUCAGUUCCUUACGAGUCUUGUGUAUGAGGCGACGGACUACGCGGCACAGCGGGACUUCACCGCGUACAAGUUGGCGUUACUCAUCACGCUCUACCUCGACGCGCACAAGUACUUCAAGUGGUCCUACUGGCUGUCUCCGCGUGAGCUGUGGGCGUACUUCAUGGAGAACUUGAUACGACACGUCGUUGAGGACUCCCCCGAAAGUGUUGAAGCGUUCCAGCCUGUAGAGAGCUACGACAUCCUCACACACUUCCACACCGCGUACGUGAGCAACCUGCCGCUCGUGCACAUAGCCACCUUCGGCGCCACUCGCCUGCGGCUCAACUGGCCCUUCAAACCCACUUAGUAGCGAUGGCGUAGGGUAGGCAAGAGGGCAAAAUGCCACCGGCCCCAAUGGGGUUGGCCGGUCGAAGUACUAUAUAGAUGGGGCCAGCAUAGGUUUUUACCUGUCAAUCCUACGAAUAGUGUAAACUUCUUGUUUUUUUAUUGUUGCUAACCCUAUUUUAAUUACACAAACUGGUCUACCGCGAUAUUAUUUCAUUGUUUUUACCUUAAAUUCCGACGUUUCAGCUGAGUUGCACCACCUGUGGUCACGGAAAGACUAACGUCCCAGCAAAUAUCAACGGCGAUAUUAAUAUAAUACGUUAAGUGGUAUUGGUAGUGGUACCCGAAAUUAGUUUAUAAAAACUAACGUUGUCAACGUUAACGUCGGAAUUUAAGGUAAAAACAAUGAAAUUAUAUUGCCGAUUGUGUAAUUAAAUAUGUGUACAAAACGCGAGAGUUUAAAGUGUUAU